UGCCCCGCCCUUCCAUCCCGUUCGCCCACGGCGCCGGAAGUGUUCUGUUCUUCUUGUUUGCUCCGCCCUCGGCCCGGAAACACUUUCUUGGGAAGAUGGCGGCAGUGUCGGUGUUUCAGGCACCAGUCGGAGGGUUUUCUUUUGAUAAUUGCCGCAGGAAUGCCGUCUUGGAAGCUGAUUUUGCAAAGAAGGGGUUCAAGCUUCCGAAAGCCCGAAAAACUGGCACUACCAUCGCGGGGGUGGUCUAUAAGGAUGGCAUAGUUCUUGGAGCAGACACAAGAGCAACUGAAGGGAUGGUUGUUGCUGACAAAAACUGUUCAAAAAUUCACUUCAUAUCUCCUAAUAUUUAUUGCUGUGGUGCUGGGACAGCUGCAGACACAGACAUGACAACCCAGCUUAUUUCUUCCAACUUGGAGCUCCACUCUCUCACCACCGGCCGCCUCCCGAGAGUUGUGACUGCCAAUCGGAUGUUGAAGCAGAUGCUUUUCAGGUAUCAAGGUUACAUUGGUGCAGCCCUAGUUUUGGGGGGAGUAGAUGUUACUGGACCUCAUCUCUACAGCAUCUAUCCUCAUGGAUCAACUGAUAAAUUGCCUUAUGUCACCAUGGGUUCUGGCUCCUUGGCAGCAAUGGCUGUGUUUGAAGAUAAGUUUAGACCAGAUAUGGAGGAGGAAGAAGCUAAGAAGUUGGUGAGUGAGGCUAUCGCAGCUGGCAUCUUUAAUGACUUGGGAUCUGGAAGCAACAUUGAUCUGUGUGUCAUCAGUAAGAGCAAGCUGGACUUUCUGCGACCCUACUCGGUGCCCAAUAAGAAGGGGACCAGGUUUGGCCGGUACAGGUGUGAGAAAGGCACUACAGCUGUCCUCACUGAGAAAGUCACCACUCUGGAGAUCGAGGUGCUAGAAGAGACUGUCCAGACCAUGGACACUUCGUGAAUGGUGCUGGGGGUGGUUGGUUAUGUCUUUGAGUAACUGGGGUGCACCACGCCCCAACACAUACAUUCGGCUACUGCUUGCCGAGUGAGGCUCAAUUAAAAAAAGACAAAACCCAGUGAGUGCUGGACUAUGGGUCUGGGCUCUGCU